AUGACCACUGGGGUGUUGCCAAAAAGGGACUGCCAUAUGUUUUUAGCACUGCUCUGCCUUGCUUUUGGGUCUUCAAGUGUGGAUUCAGGAUUGGCCAGUGUGUGGAUUCAAGAAGAGGUGGACUUGACCUCAGAAAAACGCUUGAAUCCUGAUGAGAUUGAGGCAGGCUUCUCAUCUGUUCUGGAUGCCAUUGCAUUCCCACUGACGAAGUGCAUGGAUAGCUGUUGCCCGGGAUAUGCCAAGGCGGUGCAGGAGGGGGAGCCCUCGUGCUGCUACGUAUGCACUCCAUGUGUGGGAGAGACCAUCUCCAGUCAAGAGGAUGCAGAGCAGUGCACCAAGUGUCCAGAGGAGCAGCACCCGAACCAGGACAGAGAUCAAUGUGUCCCAAAGGAGAUCACCUUCCUCUCCUAUGAACAACCUUUGGGGAUUGUCCUGAUCACCUUUGCUCUGCUCUUGUCCUUAUCCACAGGCUUUGUCUUAGGAAUCUUCUUUAAAUACCAAGAAACUCCACUCAUCAAGGCCAACAACCAGGAUCUCUCCUACACCAUCCUGGUAUUCAUCAUGCUUUCCUUCCUGUCCUCCUUCCUCUUCAUUGGCCGGCCAAGGAAAGUCACUUGCCUGCUCCGACAAAUGGCCUUCAGCAUCAUCUUCUCGAUUUCUGUUUCUUCCGUGUUGGCCAAAACCAUCACAGUGGUGUUGGCCUUCCUGGCCACAAAACCAGGGAACAAGUUGAGAAGGUGGCUGGGAAAGAGCCUUGCAAACUCCAUUGUCAUUUCAUGUUCCAGUGUGCAGGUCGUCAUCUGCUCCCUCUGGCUGGGCGUCUCUCCACCCUUCCCAGAUGUUGACAUGCACUCACAGCCUGGACAAAUCCUCCUGCAGUGCAAUGAAGGGUCUGUGGCCUUGUUUUACACUGCCCUUGCCUACAUGGGUUUCCUAGCCUCCAUCUGCUUCACAGUGGCAUUCCUGUCAAGGAAGCUGCCUGGUGCCUUCAACGAAGCCAAGCUCAUCACCUUCAGCAUGCUGGUCUUCUGCAGUGUCUGGGUGUCCUUUGUGCCCUCCUACCUGAGCACCAAGGGGAAGUACAUGGUGGCUGUGCAGGUCUUCUCCAUCUUGGCCUCCAGUGCUGGGCUACUGGGCUGCAUCUUCAUCCCCAAGUGCUACGUUGUUGUGCUGAGGCCUGACCUGAAUACAAAGGAAAAUAUCAUGUUCAAAAGCAAAGAGGACAUCUGA